CGGAGCAGAUGCUGGAAUGAGAUGCCAAAGCAGCUCCCCUUUCCCCUGCGCUUUUGGGUGCCUAUAAAUUGCUCCAGCGCGCUCGGCAGCCUCCUCCUCUGCUGGCAGGUGGCACCGGGCGGGAUCCCGCUCUCCCUCCGGCUCCGGCGGCACCGCGGGCUCUGAGCGGCGUCGGGCAGCGGGCAGCGCGUCCUCGCUGAGCGCCGUCACCUCUGCGGGGAAAAAAAAAAAACAACAGCGAGCGAGAGAGAGAGAGAGAGAGAGCGGGGCGAUCGCGAGAGGAAAGGCAAGUUGCAGGGAAAGUUGACUCGGACUGGCACGGUGUGCAAAAAAAAAAAGUCGAUCGCCGGCGGGAGCAUAAAAGUGCGGCGGUCGGGGCGGCGGCGCCGCUCCCUCCACACCCGCCCGCGGCGGCCGCAGAGCAGCGCCGGACCCGCCGGCAGCGGGAGGGCCAAAGCCCCGGGAGCCGGGCUCGCUCGGGCUCGGCGUUUUUUCGGCUCUGAGGAGGUCCCCGCACAGCCAUCAAGAUUCUGUCCAAAAGCAGGCAGGAGGAUCGCCCUGCGCUGAGCCGGCUGGUGGGCAGCAGGCGGCGGCUGAUCGCGGCCGGAGCGCUGGGAGUGGUGAUGGUGCUGCUGCUCGUCGUCCUCAUCCCGGUGCUGGUGAGCUCGGCCGGCACCUCGGCGCACUACGAGAUGCUGGGCACCUGCCGCAUGGUCUGCGACCCCUACGGCGGCACCAAGGCGCCCAGCACGGCGGCCACGCCCGACCGCGGCCUCAUGCAGUCCCUGCCCACCUUCAUCCAGGGGCCCAAGGGGGACGCCGGCCGGCCGGGCAAAGCGGGGCCCCGCGGGCCGCCGGGGGAGCCGGGACCGCCCGGGCCGGUGGGGCCGCCGGGCGAGAAGGGCGAGCCGGGACGGCAGGGGCUGCCGGGGCCGCCCGGGGCGCCGGGGCUGAACGCGGCGGGGGCCAUCAGCGCCGCCACCUACAGCACCGUGCCCAAGAUCGCCUUCUACGCCGGCCUGAAGCGGCAGCACGAGGGCUACGAGGUGCUCAAGUUCGACGACGUGGUCACCAACCUGGGCAACCACUACGACCCCACCACCGGCAAGUUCACCUGCUCCAUCCCCGGCAUCUACUUCUUCACCUACCAUGUGCUCAUGCGGGGCGGCGACGGCACCAGCAUGUGGGCCGACCUCUGCAAGAACAACCAGGUUCGAGCUAGCGCCAUUGCUCAGGAUGCCGACCAGAAUUACGACUACGCCAGUAACAGCGUGGUUCUUCACCUGGAGCCGGGAGAUGAAGUUUACAUUAAAUUAGAUGGAGGAAAAGCACAUGGAGGGAACAACAACAAAUACAGCACAUUUUCUGGAUUUAUUAUUUACGCCGACUGAUAAUGAGUCAAAAGACCCACCCAAGCACUCUGACAAUGAAGCUCGUCCUUCUAAGCAAUGGAUUUGCGUGGCAAAAGUCAGUGAAACAAGCACCCCAGCAGAGAUUGACCGCUACACCUCACCAGUGGGGGAAUGUCGAAUGCUACCUGGUUCACAUCUGUACGACACAGAGAAACUUUGCGUUAAAAAAAUACAAAACAAGCUAAACAGAUGUGCGAUCCACUACCGCCAAAGCAAAUACUUCCUCAUUGUUAGUGUCCAUGUGAAUGAAGUCUUACAUAGAUCAGAUUUUUAUAGGAAACAAACAAACACAAAAAGACGCUGAGUUAUUUCUUCAGUGUAUAUGAUACUUUGAUGUGCUAUGAUCUUGCUGCUUUAUCCAUACUUCAGCUUUGGUUCUUGUGACUUACCUGCUAACAAUGAUGCUUGGAGUCCACUCAUAGUGUGGUGAGGAAUGAUUUUACAAUAAAAGGAAGAGGUAAUCAAAAUACA